AUGGAGCGGAAGAUUCUGGCCAGUGACGCGGACGAGGACCGCCUGUCGCACUACCGGCAGAACGCCCAGUCCGUGGCGGAGCGCAAGGAGGCGGCGCUGGGGCGGUUCCAGGCGCUGGAGGCGGAGCUCUGCGAGCGCCAGUCGACGCUGGAGAGCCUGCGGGCGCAGUUCAACCAGGACGGCGACCUGCCGGUCAAGGGAGAGGCACUGAAGCAGUACAUCGAGAACCUCUCCAAGCGCGACUCGGAAAUGGCCGACCGCCGUGAGCAGCUGAAGACACUCGACCGCGAGCUGGCCGCCCUCGAAUCUCGCCUCGCGGAGCUCAAACGCCAGGACGCGGCCACCAUGCGCGAGGUAACCGGUCUCGAAGAAGCGGUCGGCAUCGACGGCUACUUUCGGAUGCGCGAAAGCUCGCUGGCCGUCCUGGUGGCGGACGACAACGACGACGGCAUCGAGGAUGGUAGUGGUCAAGAGGGCUCGGAGUUCACCCACGAGGACAUUGAGCCCAUCAACGCGAGCAUCGUCCGCCUGGAGGAGACGCUGGACGGCGUCAAGGACCGCCUAGCCCCUCUGUUAAGGGAGGUGAAGCAGCUGAAGCAGGUCAACCACGAGCUGGAGAACGAGUACGACAUGAAGAAGCGACUGUACGACGCGGCGGCCGCCGGCCUCGAAACGGAGCUCAGCAGGGCCGAGGCGGAAGCGGAACGGCUGAAGCGAGAGAGAGCCCGCCAGCAGACGGAGCACUUUCGCCUGGAGACGGAGCGGCUGGCCGCGCAGGCGGAACGAGAUCUUUGGACCCAGGAAACUUCAGGCCUUCAACUUCUCGAAGCACUCAAGAGUGAGGUGGCCGUUGAAGGAGAUCGCCAGGCGGAGCUCCGCCAAAGGGAGGCGGAGAUGGCCACCCGGAGCGCUUUCUACGGCCGCCAGAUUGAGAUGUGGCGCGACUUGAAGGCGCUCCUCGAGAUCAAGGCCAAGAUUCUGGCGGAGAAGCGGGAGGAGAAGGCGAGGAAUGAGUACAUGAUCAGCGCCAACUACAACCACUUGGUCCUCUGA